CAAAUCUUUCAUUCUCCCUCUCAAAUUUCUCCAUUUUCAACCCAAAGCUUUUCUCUCUUUAACAAUGGCUCGUACAAAGCAAACUGCCAGAAAAUCCACCGGAGGAAAAGCUCCAAGAAAGCAAUUGGCCACCAAAGCCGCCAGAAAAUCUGCCCCAGCCACCGGUGGAGUGAAGAAGCCACACAGAUUUAGGCCUGGAACUGUUGCUCUUCGUGAGAUCAGGAAAUACCAGAAGAGUACUGAGCUUCUCAUCAGGAAGCUUCCAUUCCAGAGGCUUGUUAGAGAAAUUGCUCAAGAUUUCAAGACGGAUCUUCGUUUCCAGAGUUCCGCUGUUGCUGCUCUUCAAGAGGCUGCUGAGGCUUAUUUGGUUGGUCUCUUUGAAGAUACUAACCUCUGCGCCAUUCACGCUAAGAGAGUUACUAUUAUGCCUAAGGAUAUCCAGCUUGCUAGGAGGAUUCGUGGUGAGAGGGCUACUCCAUCUUCUUCCAAUUUAGUUCACCCCGCCUCUUUCGCUCUAAUUUUCCGAAUCAUUCAUUCUCCCUCUCAAAUUUCUCCAUUUCAACCCAAAGCUUUUUUAUCUUCAACUAUGGCUCGUACAAAGCAGACAGCCAGAAAAUCCACCGGAGGAAAAGCUCCGAGAAAGCAAUUGGCCACCAAAGCCGCCAGAAAAUCUGCCCCAGCUACUGGUGGAGUGAAGAAGCCACACAGAUUCAGACCUGGAACUGUUGCUCUUCGUGAGAUCAGGAAAUACCAGAAGAGUACUGAGCUUCUUAUUAGGAAGCUUCCAUUCCAGAGGCUUGUUAGAGAAAUUGCUCAAGAUUUCAAGACGGAUCUUCGUUUCCAGAGUUCCGCUGUUGCUGCUCUUCAAGAGGCUGCAGAGGCUUACUUGGUUGGUCUUUUUGAGGAUACUAACCUCUGCGCCAUCCACGCUAAGAGAGUUACUAUUAUGCCUAAGGAUAUCCAGCUUGCUAGGAGGAUUCGUGGUGAGAGGGCGUAAUUCAUUGUGAAUUGUGAUUUUAGGGUUAGAGUUUAUUGGGUAUUGGAUCUUAUAGUAUGUAGUUAUGGAUCUUGUCUGUUACUAAGUUGUUUAGUUGUUGCAAAUGAACUGUUCUUGAUAUAUUCAAUGAAAAUGAUUCUCAUUUUCUUGGUGAA